AUGAAUAAGAAUGAUGUACAAAAACAUUUGAUACAUACCACAUUAACGAAAAAUUCUACAACAUUGUAUUCAUGUGAGAACUUUCAAUUGAUUCAUGCUAUCAAUAAUGUUAAUUGUUCAGAGAUAGUUGCGGAAGAACUAGGUUUGAUCAAUUCUUCUAAAACCUUGGUAGGUUCCAUACCAGUGACAAAUUCAGGGACUAAUUUUGAUUUAUGUAUUUAUUUCAUGAAAAAACAAGUAAAUAAUUCCGAUGGAAGCAAUGAUCUUAUAACAGUUAUCAGUAUUGCUCAUGCCAAUAUAAAUAAAGUAUUGGUUUUAUCAGUAUUGAAGAAAAUUAUGGAUAAGUACAUUGAAUUUAAACAAGAUAUUGAAAACAACAAUGAUAAUGAUAAAGUCAGAAGCAAACUAGGAGAAUUCAAGUUAUAUAUGAAUCAGAUCAUUAAAUUUGAAGAAUUAAAUUAUUCAACUAAUCAAAAAGUAUAUAAUUAUGGUUCUGUUGAUGAUGGAGAUGAGGAAAGUAACGGGGGAGAAGUUAUCAAUCCCAGGAAUUUGGUGUUGGUUAAUGAAGAUGUGGAAGAAGUAAGGCAAUUAAUGCUCGAUAAUAUCAGUAAGUUAAUGAAUAGGGGGGAUAAAAUCAAUUUGUUAGUUGACCAAACAGAUAGGUUGACUACAUCAGCGUCAGUUUUUCAAAAAAGAGCUCAGGUUAUCAGACGAAGAAUGUGGUUAAGUACUUCCAAAUUUUAUAUAUUGGUGGCAUUAGGAGGUUUAUUAGUUCUUUACUUUUUAGCAUCAUUUACUUGUGGAUUCCCAUUUUUUGACAGAUGUGUCCAUCGUUGA